CACUGAUCUGGGCUGCUGUGAUGCGGUCCGGGCAUUAGGAGUUCCAGAAGUAGCGGAUUUAAAAACUUUCUGUCCGCAAGUCUGUUCGUCGAAAUAGCACUUCAUGAAGAGUCCCCUGAUUUUCAGAAGGGAAAACAUGGCUUUUUAAACACCGGCUGCCCUCCUCUUCGACGUCAAGCUUCGUGUGCUUUGCUUCUGCAACGCACUUUACCAGACUAUUCAGAAACUAUGGGGUCUCCAGGUGUUUCCUCAGCUACCACAUCAGCCCAGUGCACGAUUUGUGCUUUUGAACAAUUUGAUCGAAGCAGACGACACAAUGGCGGCAUCGAUCCUUCGCAAGAAAAUUCCUCCCAUUUCCACAGGCGAGCUCGGCGCUCCCCCUCACCGACAGGCUAGCCACAGCCAAUCACGACCCAGGACGGGGGCGGAGCCAGUGGAGAGGCAGCACUUAAUUGGUGAGUUUUGCCAAGACGCUUUUUUAUUUUUCCACAUCCCGAGGUCGGAGCCGCAGUGCAGCACGGGGCUAAUGUCGUACAGUGAUGGUCACUCUGAUUGGAUGACGGAAAAAGUUGAUUUGUCUUCAUUUGUGUCGACGACCGAGUCUUCUCCAAGCUCAUCUCUUCCACCCUCGCCGUUAGAACAAGAUGUCAAGGUGCCCUCGGAUCUGGAGGUCAUGACCUCUCUACUGCAGGAGGAGCUGGCUCAGCUGGAGGACUACUUCCGCUCCGAGUCCACAUCCACGACAAACAAGUUGGAGAAAUCUUCAAAAUGUGACAAGGGUGCUCAAGCCAUGGGCUCCCAGUCUUAUUAUCAGUUACCCUAUGGCUCGUAUGGGACCAGCCAAUCAGAAACCAGCCCUGUGGUUGUUACCUUGGCAACAGGGGAACUGGACCUGGCCAGCUUCUGUGGCGGUCCCAUCAGCAGAACCAAAAUUGCGCGACCCGCUCCGUACAACUACCAUCACCGCUACCACCACAACAACGGGCGAAGAAUCAUCAGUGAGACUGUGAAAGUUGGGGACGAAGUUGGACUUGAUACGUGGGGCUCCAGGGGAUGUUACUCAGGAAGCACAGAGUUGUCUGUGAACCACUAUUCCACACUGAAGACAGUGAGCAAGAACAGCCUCGGUAGCGUCAAGAAGGUGAGAGAAUGUGCUUUAUCGUUGAAGGAAGAGGAGAGUUAUUGUUUCUCAGAAGGAAUGUUUUGCAGCGAAGAGAUUGCUCGAGGUUUUUGUCUGGGUGGCUCGUACGACAGCCACCACAAGCGAGAGGGACAGCUGAUGCACAACGUGAAGGUCAAUGUAAGUUACGACAGCACGGGGCUUGAGGUCUUGCACUGCAGCAAAGAUGGAGGACUUUCGGGAAGUAUUCCCCAAGAGACAAUGGUGGCCGGUGACGGCUACUUCCACCAGUCCAUGGCCAGCACAGAGCCUUACCAUAGCUUUAUAGGUGACCUAGAUCAGCCGUCACAAGCACAGGCUGUAGAGCCCCAACAUGGCCACUACCUCUAUCCAGAAUGCCUUGCAGACCAAAGCUAUGAAUGUCUGUCCAGAGGGGACGGCGAGGGGUCACUGUUGGGUGCCUCCAUCCACCGCCCCACCCAGAGGCUAAAGGAUGAGCCCUGCUCUGUCAAACCAGCUCUGGUGAUGGGCGCCGCUUCUCUGGAUUCCGGCACUGGAGAGAGGAAGCAGAAGAAGAGAGACCAGAACAAAACUGCUGCUCACAGGUACAGGCUGCGUAAGAGGGCGGAGCUGGACUCUCUGGAGGAGGAGCUGCACGGCCUCGAGGGGCAGAACCGGGAGCUUCGUGACAAGGCGGAGUCGGUGGAGCGAGAAAUCCAGUACGUCAAAGAUUUACUGAUUGAGGUCUACAAGGCUCGCAGUCAGCGGCUCAAACAGGAUGGCAGUGCCUAAAACGCCCACGCUGACCUCACCUCCAAACCUCCCAACCAGCACCAAGAGAAAAAUCGAGUCCAGAGCACCAACUGGUUUUUGUCUCACGAAAAUGAAAUGGUAGUUGCAUGAUUUUGGUAGUUCUUUUCUAAAAAAAAAAAAACAAACAAAAAUAUGUAAUUGUUCCGAGCGGAUGGCUGAACAAAAGACACCUUUCCUAAAAGAAAAGAAGGAGAAGUUUCCAAAUGGGUGACUAAACUAUAACAAGCCUUAGUGAGGUGGCUUCCAGAGGAGAUGCUGAACUUGUCCGUGACCACUGUGAUCCGAACUGCACUCACAGCCUUGUGAUGACUGAGUUUGCGCUUGCAAUGAUUGAUCGUUUACAAAAUGCUCUUUGAAUUAGUAGUAGUGAUUGAAUUUGCUUGUGGUUUUUGUGACACACAUCAGCAGCAUCGAGGCAGAUCCAUACUAAAUAUAUAUUUUAUUUUAUAUUUUAUUUUUACUUAAUAAUGUUCAUUUAUCAUUUGCUUAAAACAAUCAACUGAAUAAAGGGAUUGCUGGAAAAAGUGUGUAACAUGCUCUACAAAUAUUCAUUAUCAGAAACAUUUAGAGAAUUUGUAUUGCUAAAAUGUUGAGUAUUUACACCUCUUUACCCCACUGAAAUACCCAAUGCAUGUUUGAUUUUGGAAAAGCAUGUGCGAGUGUUAUUUGAAGGCAAUAUUCUGUUAACUGCAUGGCUUCAAGAUCUCCACCGCGUCAGUUCAAACUGAGUUGACUUUAUUCUUCUCAUCAGCUGGCGACUUUUCUCUGAGUUUUUCUCCCUGCCAGUGUGAUUCAUGCUCAGGUUUUGGUUUUCUGCUCUGAGAAACACAGAAACAUCCGCUGGCUUUUUUCCUUUCUCUUCUCUCUCGGCUGUAUUUUGCGAACAAACAAUCACCUGUUGACGCAACAAUAAAUCGUUGUUGGGUAACGGUACGACUUCAUGGGAAUUUUGUUUUCAAUUGAUCAAUUUGAUGUAUCUGAAAUUCAGGUCCUUUUAAUAAUCGAUGUCAAUGUCAGGAAAUUCUACAUCAGGUAAAUUACAGCCAAAUAAAGCAGUUAUGUAGUAUCAUUCA